ACAAACUGAAAAAGUUCCGUAGCGAUUUCGGUUCGCAUUUUGUAAUGUGACUUAUAACUUGUUACAUAUUUUUGGUGAUUCAUUAUGAUUUUCAUAAAAUUCUUAUCAUGAGACACUGCGAGAUGGCGUAGUAUUAAACCAAUAACUCAUCUACGAUUAGCGCAGGUCUGUGAAUAUGAUUGUUGGGUCCCUUGCGCAGAACAGCAUGACCCAUGUCGAUUAUCAGUGCGUCGUAUCAGAAUGUUGAUAAGCUACGAGGGCAGCUGAAAUUCAGUUGCUCAUUCGUAGUUUUGCUGGAUUUCAGUCUAACUCUAGCCUGCAGUAAAGGCUCUGCUAAUUGCAUUCAGUAUGGAGCCUUUCAUGCUAAAUAUCGCUGCUUCUCCGGAAGUGAAACCCAAGAAAAGGAAUGGGUUUUACCCUAGCUGUGGACGAAUCGGAUUUUGGAUGAGUGCGAAAAAGCAGAAGAAAAUGGAUAUGUCCAAGUUCGCCUUAAUUUGCCGGAAGACUGGAUAUGAGUUGGUUGAGGUUGAUUUUGGACGCCCUUUGGAACAGCAAGGACCAUUUGAUAUCUUUCUUCAUAAAUUGACGGAUAUGAUUGUUAGAGCUGAGCAAACCAAUAGCACCGAUCAUGCUGUUAGAGCGGAAGCGGAGAAAGCAGCUGAGUUUUUCCAUGAUUUGCAGGAAUACCAGCAAAGUCAUCCAGAACUGAUUGUCAUUGAUCCAGUUGACAAUUUGAAGAAGCUAUUACUGCGCCAGCGUCAGUAUCACCUGACCGCUUCCAGCCCGGCUUGUAGACACGAAAUGGUAUUUUCGCCUGCCUUCAUCGAACUGAGUGCCACCGCACCCGAGGAAAUGCUUCAACAGCUGCAGCGCGGACAUGUGCAAUUUCCGAUUGUAUGCAAACCGCAAGAAGCCCACGGCUCGUCAGAUGCGCACCAUAUGAUGAUUAUUUUCAAUGCUACGGGCCUGGAAAGCAUCAAGGUCCCCUGUGUUGCCCAGUCUUUCGUUAAUCAUGAUGCUAUUCUGUAUAAAGUAUUUGUUAUUGGAGACAAGCACCAUGUUGUGCGCCGACCUUCUUUUGAGAACUUUUAUUUGAACGACCUUCCGCCGAUCGUUUUUGAUAGCCAGGAUAUAUCCAAAGCCCAAUGGCUUUGUAGUGAUCCGUCGAAGCUUCCCCUGUUUCGUAUUGCGGCCAACAGUAUUAACGCAGCAACCGCUGAGGUUGAACUUGAUCCGGCAGUAGUAUCGUUCAUUGUCCAAGGAAUAAGGCAGCAAUUCGGGCUGUCCUUAAUUGGAAUUGAUUUAAUUCGCGAAGUUGACACCGGAAGGCUGGCGAUAAUUGAUGUGAAUGCCUUUCCCAGCUAUGAUGGAGUGCCGGAUUUUUUUGGUACGUUGUCCGAUUUUCUGCAUUCCACUGUCAAGCACCGCAGUGCUAUUCUUUCGCGGGAAAAGAAUGGAUUAAACACAAAAACGAAGAAUAUCCCACGCUCAUUCCAGUCUGUCACGAGCGCUACUGUAAUCAGACAGUAGUCCGGAAAACCGACUUUCCGCCAUUGCGCGUGGAAUAGCAUUCCUUUACCACAGUUUUUCUACCUUAUCGCCAUGUUGCCUUGUUGGUUUCAUUAUGUUGUUUGUUAUAAGGAUUUUACGUUCCCCGGUUUAUACAGAGAGUUGUCAAAGAUUUUAGCAUUUGUGAUAUAGAACUUUUUAAUGCCAUUUUACGGACAUACGAAUGUUGAGUAUAAUUUUUACAACCAUGUUGCUAAAAUAAAACAGUUUAAACA